CACGGUAUGAGACAAGAUGGCUCGCUGGCUGAUGGCUGGCUGGCGCGCCACCAUCAUGUCGUGUUUGUUCAGGAGAGCACAUUCACUUUUGUCUCAACAGUGGUGCUGGUGGGUUUGUUUUCUUCAUCGUCGCACAGCAAGCCACAGUCAUUGAUUGAUUGAUUCGGCUGUCGUCACAUCAUUCAUCCACACACACACACACACGCACACAUACACACACACACACGCACACGCAGACUGACUGAUCGAUCCAACCAGCCAAACUUCACCACAAGCAAUACAAAGCACAGCAGCCAGCCAGCCAGCCAGCCAAGACAACCCAAGCAUCUUGAGCGACGUAUAUCUUUGGGAGCGAACGAGUCUUGCGGUGUUUCUUCUUGGCCGUGAGUUCAGCCGGCUCUCUCGCACACCAAGACAAGAAGAAGCUAAGCCACAGGCACCAGCCAACAGCACCUGUUGCUCGUUUGUGUCAAUCAGCUGCUGAAGAUGAGGGACCACGAGGACGACCACAAUGACUAUCUGCCCGCGCGCAGUGACGUGCCCAUCAUGUCUGGCAUGAUGUACAAGCGCGCGCAAGGGCGCAGCACCUUUGGGCGCACAAACUGGAAGAAGCGCUGGUUUGUGCUGCACCCUGGCGAGCUGUCGUAUUGGACGCUUGAAGGCGGGCGAAACAACCCCGCGUCAGAGUGCAAAGGCGUCAUCCCACUCAGCAACGUCUACACGCUGGAGCGCGUAUCCCUCGAAGCCUUUGGCAAGCCGCACAUGAUCCAGAUUGUGCACACGUCUGUGCUCUAUGUGCAGUGCCCAUCGCGUGAGGACUGCGAUGAGUGGCUACUUGCCCUGAGAAAACAGUGUGCAACAAACCGCAUUCUCCACGCCAAAUACCAUCCAGGCUUCUUUGACGGCAGCAAGUGGUCGUGCUGCGGCAUCACGAGCAAGGACUUCAAGGGCUGCCAGAAGUCGUUUGACUACAGCUCGCUCUUCCGCAAGACAUCAAAAGCAGGUGCAGAUGCAGCAACAGCAGCAAAGACAGCACGUGCCAGCAGCAGCAGCGGCAGCGGGAUGCUGUCACCAAAGAACGGCGUUGUCACGCAGAACCAAGCAAAGAUGCGCAAGGCCUCCACCCAGAGCAGAGGGGAUUCGCGGUCUCCAAAGGCAUCACGCGACUUUCACUAUGUCCCCAGCGUCAAACCAAUCAAGCAUGCGUCGUCGUCGCCACUGCGGCAGUCGAUGAACCCGCCGUCGUCCACGGCAUCGGACCAGCAGCCCGUCAUCGUGCGCGUCACACGCGUCGCAUAUGUGUAGUCCAACACAGAAUAUGCGCGCGCACAACAAGCGGCGUCAUUGCUGCUGAUGCAGCUGUUUACCGCUGAUGUGGGGUCUGUGCAGUGCCAACAGCACGAGCCACGCACGCAACGCCAUAUCAUGCCACACCACCCGGUUCUUAACAUUGCCUACCAACCAACCAAGCCACCCAAAUCAACCUGCUACGAUUGACUUGUUUCAUUGCCACUCCUCAUGUGUCGUGUGUGUGUGUGUGUGUGUGUGUGUGUGUGUGUGUGUGUGUG